AUGGGGAGCCGUCUCGAGAAAAACUCCUCUCAAGUGAGGAAAAGAAUCGAAAGUCAUGAAUUUACCGACGAAGGAGGCGAGGAGUAUGAGCCAAGCGCCUUUGGCGGCUUUGGCGAUUACUUCAGAAGAAAGAAGAUCAAGCUACAGAAUCUGGAUGCCGACAUGAGAGCCUCUUCAAGCGAUAAACCUCAAAUCUUCAAGGGUGUCGUUGCGCAUGUUACGGGCUAUACGCAGCCUCCCCUUCACAUCCUUCAUCGAGAGCUUGUUCAGCAUGGCGCAGGCUUCCUGCAGUACUUGGACGCGAAGACCAUGGCCACUCACAUCAUCGCAUCCUCUGUGCCGCCCAAAAAGUCUGUGGACUACAGCAGAUACCGACUGGUGAAGCCCGCCUGGGUCACUGAUUCUAUUCGAGCCGGGCGACUUCUGCCUUGGUCCGAUUACCGAGUGGACAACGACGGUCCUCGUCAGAAAGUUCUGAAGUUUGAUGAAUCCAACAAGCUCAGUCAGGCAACACCUCAGUCCAGGAAGGGAUACAGGGAGCAGACGGACAACAGCUUCUACACAAGUCAAUUCAAAGCAUCUGCUGCCAGUCCUGCCACCCCCUCACUGAGUCGAUUUGUUGAGCGCGCCGAAUCGCCGCUUGCCCGCAAGCAUGCUCGCAGUUCUGACAGCCCUGGAACCAUCCCUUUCCCCUCGGCUCAGAAGGUUAAGCUGAAGGAAGAAGUGGAAGAGUUUGAUGACAUGGAAAUCGACGAAUUGAUGGUCGAUAUUCUUCCCGAGGGCCCAGCACCCAAGUCCGAGCUGUCAAAACCCGAGAAGCACAAUACCAAGCAGCCGCAUGUUGCUAGGGACCAGAAACUUAACGAGCAGCCCAAAGCUGUUGGGGAACCCAAGAUUAAGCAGCCCAGCCCCGAAGCUCCCAAGAUCGACGAUGGGAGAGACACGAUCACACCUGCGCUGAUCGAGGAGGAGAUGAAACGAAAUUCCAAAAUGCCUGAGAACAUGACUUCCGAAGAACAUAAUGCCUGGCUUCUCUCAGACCCGAAAAUGUGGAAGUCUUCAACGGCGAACCCGGACUUUUUGAAGCAGUUCUACUCCGAGAGCCGGCUCCAUCAUCUUUCGACCUGGAAGGCCGAAUUGAAAUCAAAGAUGCAGAAGCUUGCCAAGGAAAAGGGCACCUCAACCAUAAAGAGGAAGGCCGGAUCUCGACGGUACAUCAUGCACGUCGACUUUGACAGCUUCUUCUGCGCCGUUUCCUUGAAGCGCAACCCGGAGUACGUCGACAAGCCGACCGUGGUCGCUCAUAGCAGUGGAUCUGCCUCAGAAAUUGCAAGUUGCAACUACGUGGCGCGUAAGUUCGGUGUAAAGAAUGGCAUGUGGAUGAAGCGGGCUCUGGAUUUGUGUCCAGACAUCAAGGUUCUGCCAUAUGAUUUCCCUGCCUAUGAAGAAGCCAGCCGUCACUUCUACGAAGCCAUUCUCGACAUUGGCGGAGUCGUUCAAAGCGUCAGUAUUGACGAAGCACUUGUUGAUAUCACGUCCAUCGUCCUCUCCAGCGUUGGUUCAGAAGGUGCCGGUGUGGACGAGGGUAGUAUCUGGAGGGAGCAAGACAAGGCGGAGCAAAUUGCUCUCGAUCUGCGCAACAAGAUCAAAGCAUCUACUGGAUGUGCUGUCUCGGUCGGCAUUGGAGGAAAUAUCCUACAAGCAAAGGUCGCCCUGCGCCGAGCAAAACCCGCCGGGCAAUUCCUAAUGAAGCCUGAGGAAAUGCUCGAGAUUAUCGGAGAGAUCGAAGCGAAGGACCUUCCCGGUGUUGCAUACAGUCUUGGCGGCAAACUCGAGGAGAUCGGAGUCAAGUACGUCAAAGACAUCCGAAACGUGUCAAAGGAGCGUCUGUCUUCCUCUUUGGGACCCAAGACCGGCGAAAGGCUGUGGGAGUAUGCCCGUGGCAUCGACCGAGCUGAAGUUGGAGAACAUCCCCCCAGAAAAUCCGUUUCAGCGGAGGUCAACUGGGGCAUCCGCUUCAUCAAUCAGCAGGAAGCUGAAGAAUUCGUCCUGAAUCUUUGCAAGGAGCUUGAGCGUCGACUGCUCAACGAGCAGGUCAAGGGAAAGCAGUUCACCAUGAAGAUCAUGCGCCGGGCCCAAGAUGCCCCCUUGGACCCGGCAAAGCAUUUGGGACACGGCAAAUGUGACAGCUUCAGCAAGAGUGUGAUGUUUGGUGUCGCCACCCACAACGCGGAAACAAUUGCGAAAGAAGCCGUUUCGGUCCUUCGAUCUUACAGGUUCAGUCCUGGUGACCUUCGAGGUCUCGGUGUGCAGUUGACGAAACUCGAACCUAUCAAGACUGGUCCAACUGGUCCUGAGAGCAGUCAACGCAGGCUUGCAUUUCCAACCUUCAAUAGCGCCAACUCGUCUAAAAAGGGUGCUGUUGAUCCCAUUGAGGAUUCAAAGAGCCCCUCAAAGCCGAAGACAGCCCAGGCGCGGGGGAGUGUUGCACAAGAUCCUAUUGCAGACGAUCCUUUGACACCAAGGAAACCCAAAGUGCAUCCAGCACUGGCACUGGCGCGAGCUGGUGAGAGGGAUGAGAAAGCAAACACACCACUGAACAUCAUGGGUACCCAGUUCAUCCUGCCAUCGCAAGUCGACCCAGCUGUGCUGGCUGAGCUGCCUAGCGAUAUCCGAUCCAAGCUGCAGAGGGGCCAGAAGCCACCGCCUGCAGCUAGACCAGCAUCGCCGAAAGCCAAGUCAAGGAGUCAGAGCCCUGCGAUACCAAACGAUAUCCCAUCUCAGGUUGACCCAGAGGUGUUCAAUGCCCUGCCAGAGGAUAUGAAGGCGGAGGUUCUCGCACAGUACGGACGGAAGAGCGCGCAAACCCGGUUACCACAAUCACCGCGCAAAGACAGGAUAAUCCAGCCAAAGAAAGCCAUCACCCCAACAAAGAGAGGGAGAAACCUGUUCAAUAAUGCAAGGGAAAGACAACAGGAUGCCGCAGCAAACCGUCUGCAAACAAGUUUCCUGCCGAGCAAGGGGGCUGCCCCCGCAGCGCAGAACGAUGAGCCAGAGGAACUGGACCCGGAGUUUCUGGCCGAGUUGCCGGAAGACGUUCGCCGGGAAGUCAUCGAAGACCACCGGAGAAAACGCCUCGCCCAGAAAUCCGGUCUCAACUUCAACGCGCCCCGGAAGCACCUCCCAGCCGAGGCCAGCGACUUCUUACCCGGCGGACAGACCAAGCUUCAAUUCCCUGCACCGCCGCCAAAGGUCAAUUUCAUGGGAUCUGCGGUGAAGUCGGUGCAGGAGAUCAAGGACAUGAUCGAGGCCUGGCACGACGGGACUCGGGCGGAGGGUCCACACCAGGAGGAUGUCGUCAUGUUUGAGAAGUAUCUGGCCAAGGUCGUGGCUGAGGAGCGCGACAUGCACAAGGCAUCGAAAUUGGUUCAGUGGCUCGAGUGGUUGGUGGAGGAGGACGGCAGGGAAGGGCGAGGGAAGCGGGCUUGGAGGAGGACGGUCUUGGAUAACAAGGCGGCGGUCCAAAAGGCCGUAGAGCGGAGGGGCUUGGGGCCCCUCAAGCUAUGA